CUUUCUCGUGUUCUUCCAUUUAAAGCCUGUCAUCAGCCUUACUAUUAGGUAAACAAUCACAUUUAUAGAAUUCUCGCUGAUCUCGUGAUCUUUAUCAUUCAAAAACCUUUGGUAGUUCCCACUUUAGUCCUCUCAGAUAUAUAUAGAUAGAGAUAUAUAUAGCCACAUAAUAAACAUUCAAAACGAAAGAGUAUAUCAAAAGAAAACAUGUCAAAAUCUCUAGUAGAACUCGAUUUCUUCCGCAUGGAGAAAGAAAAUUCAUCCUCCUCGCUAUCAUCGUCAAAAUCUCAAUUCCAGAAAUUCCUUCAACAACAACGAGGUAUGCAAAACGCAGUUUCCAAAUUAAAUCCGGAGCUGUUGAGAACGGUUAUUAACUCCGGAGCUGCAAGUACAAGUAGCAAUAGCAGUGGUCAUUUGGAGCGAAAAUCAUCGUCUACUUUAAUCUUCGAUGAGGUGACAAAAGGGCCAGAGAAUCUGUUCUCUUUGGUUGCACCCGCCAUGCCUAAACAAAUGCAAUGUACGUCGGCUGAAACUGGAACACUACGAACAGCUCCAUUAACGAUUUUUUACAACGGGAAGGUGUCCGUUUUUGAUGUUCCCCGUGAUAAGGCGGAGUUUCUGAUGAAACUUGCUGAGAAUAAUAUGAAUAACGGAAUGAUCCCAUCAUCUUCAUCCAAGAUUACUACAACUAGUGUUGAUCAUUUUACGUUGUGUUCGUCUACGACGAUGGAUGAACAGAAAAGCAUUCUUGAUACACUUAACGAAGAUUUGCCAAUUGCUAGAAGGAGAUCGCUGCAAAGAUUUCUUGAAAAACGAAAAGAGAGACUGAGUUUCGUAGCAUCGCCGUACGCGUACAUACCAAGCCCUAGCAAGUUCGAAGAAAAGAACGAUGGAGUCGGUAGUGAUGGCGGUUCAACCUUAGAAGUUUGAUGCAAAUUACAAAUAUCGAAGGCCAAGCAAUUGUCACUUUCGUCGUCUUUUCGAGGAUGAAUUAAUAUAUAUAUUAGCUUAAUCAGGACUAUCUAACAACCCUUUAUCAAUAUUCAUUUGUUUCCUUUGGGAUAGUUUAAUUAUAUUUAUAAAGUCGGUGAUUGUAUUUUAUUUGACUAUUCUAAUGGGCUUUUGGGCACCUAGUUAGUGAGGCUGUGGUCUUCUUUCCUUGGUGACAGUUCUAGGAAAACCAUAUAAAAGCACAUUACAUGUUUUUGAAAUAUAAAUUCAUUUUUUGAAAGUUUUUGAACUGUAAUUUUGAAUACCGUAUUAUCUUGCUUAGGCAUGUUUUUAUACACAUGUCAAAUACUAAAAUUUGCCACUUUUACAUCGGCUAUGGAUAUGUCAAAGUGGUAAAUGUAUAUGGCAA